GUUCUAGUCAAAGGGUGUCACUCUGAGAGUACAACAUAAGUGACAGGAAACACCUAGAAAGGUAUUACGCUAACUCAUGACAAGACGACACGCGAAGCGCGAGCGCGAACGAUUUAUUGUGUUAUAUGCCGCUCUGCGCAUUUCCAUUGAGCAAACACGACAACAGCCACACUAUUUACCGGAAGAAUUUAUACUCACUCUCAUUCAUACUUCCAAACUCAAGGAUACAACAUCUUCACUGCCUCAACAGCUUGGCAAUGGUAUUCUUUCCUGUGUUCGGAGCCAACUCGUUCGUCUUGGCGGCCUGCGCUACGCUGAUCCGGCUACGCUGGUACUUUAUGAAGCAGUCUGGGAAGAGGCUAGCACCGUUACGCACUCAGAUGCUCAGGUUGUGGAUGGUGUUCAUAGUGAGAAGAAGGAUCUAAGUAAUCGGGAACGCCCAGAUAACUUGACACCUCCCUUAUACAUCACUGGAACAAUGAAGAUUAUAUUGCACAACCAAGGCGUACAUGGUAAGGCAGCAGAGCAGCUUUUUCGCGCAGUGAGUGCGUGCAUAAGAGAGGUGCCUGUUAUUGUCAUGCCUCCAACACGCUUAGGUCCAAAAGCAGAAAAAGAAGAUUGUGCAAACAGUAGUGUUGGGGGUGAAAAAGCCAGUUUAGUGACGGGGCAUCGCAUCAACUCUAUUCCUCUUAGGCUUUUGGUAGCGCUUCGUGUGCUAAAGUAUCAGUGAGGGUCCAAACAGUGAAGUUAUUGGGUGAAGCAUAAGAGCUUAGGUGAUUGACUGAAUAAAAUUUAUAUUCAUGUUUCGGACCGCAUGAUCGUCAUGAACUUUCCUUUUUCACAUCAUGUAUGAAAUUCCUCUAAAUGCAUUUCAUCGAUGAUGUUUUUUUUUUAAGUUUACUUCCUAUUACAUUAUGCAAGACUCAUUUUAUUUUCUAUUGCUACAAUUAUUGAUGCUGUUAGCCUUUCGUGCUUAAUCUCAGCUCCUUAAUCAUUUAUAUUCUAAAAAAAA